CGUAGCUGGAUGCUGGAUCAUUCGCCAGGGUGGCUGCCACCUCGUUGCUCGAACGUAACUCGCAACAACGAACGCGGCCGAGGAGGAUUUCGCGGCGGGUUGGACCUAGAAGUAGAAGUAGGUGUAGGUGUAGGUGGAAACUAAAGAAAAUAACGGGAUUCAGGAAGACAGAUAGCAUCUGCUAGUGAGAGAGCUGGAGAAAAACCGCAGUGAGAAUCGUAGAGGCCGCAGUCGUUGUUGCUGUUUAAUGUAUACAUAUGUACGACAACGUGAAUGUAAAGAAAAGAGUCAUAUAAAAUAAAUGGGUGUACUGUGAUUAUGAUGGUUUUGUGUUUAUGGUGAAGUUCCAAGUGAUGUUAGAGAUGCAUUCGUGCCAGGAAAGUCAUCAUUUAAUACUUCAAAAAAAACGAGGGCAACACCGCUCCUUCAAGAAUUUUAUUAACCUGUAAAAAUACAAAGCUUCCAGAAUAGAAACGUGGCACGCUAAGCCAAGGAAUGGCGUCGACGUGGCGUUGGAAAGAGCGGAAGCACUGCUAUAUCGUUUCGCUCGAGCCUUUGUUCUAUACAAAGGAAAACACAAAAAGGACUGUAGAGAAACGAAGGCAACUUGUCAGAGGUGCAAGGAACGAAAAGAGUUUAUUAAGGAUGUGGCGACAUAAAAUAGUACUGUAGCGAGUACACAAGACAGACGAGAGUUGUAGACCAGCAAACGUCCAAGAGAAGAUAAAAAAUAAACUGAGAAUACAAAAGAGAAGUAAGUUGCAUUUUGGUUCAAAUUUUAGAAGUGUAAGGAAGAAAAAAGGGCUCCUAAUGGGCCUAGAAAUAAACCGCGUAUCGUACUGAGCGAUGCGAGUAGUUAGGGCCGAGGCCCUGCUAGUGAGCAUGUGGCUCACUAGAGAAUGAAGAAGCAAAACGUCCGGACCCUAUCGUUGAUCGUCUGCACGUUCACCUACCUCCUCGUUGGCGCUGCAGUAUUUGACGUCCUCGAGUCCGAGACGGAGAAACGGCGCAAAGAAGCGUUGGAUGCCAUCGAGAAAAUGGUCAUACGCAAAUAUAAUAUAAGCGAGGACGACUUCAAGAUCAUGGAAACUGUCGUGCUGAAGUCGGAGCCGCAUAAAGCUGGACAACAGUGGAAAUUUGCAGGAGCAUUUUACUAUGCCAUCACGGUCCUCACUACUAUCGGUUACGGGCACUCGACGCCAAAUACGAUAGGCGGAAAGCUGUUCACGAUGUUUUACGGGAUAAUCGGCAUCCCCUUGGGUCUCGUCAUGUUUCAAAGCAUAGGAGAGCGCUUAAAUAAAUUUUCAUCCGUCGUCAUACGCAAAGUGAAACAGCUACUCAACUGUAAAGACGUUCAGGCAUCGGAAAUAAAUUUAAUUUUCGUUGUGACGUUUCUCUCGAGUCUAACGAUAACCGGUGGCGCGGCUGCAUUUUCACGAUAUGAAGGCUGGUCCUACUUUGACUCCGUCUACUACUGCUUCAUAACCCUCACGACGAUUGGCUUCGGCGAUAUGGUCGCCCUCCAAAAGGAUAACGCACUCGACAAUAAACCAGAGUACGUUAUAUUCGCUCUGAUAUUUAUUCUCUUUGGAUUGGCAAUCGUAGCAGCAUCCCUUAAUCUUCUCGUUCUACGAUUUGUAACGAUGAACACGGAAGACGAGAGGCGAGAUGAGGCUGAAGCACUCCAGGCUGCACAAGGCGCAGUGAGAUUGGAAGGAGAUGUGAUAACUGCAAAUGGCUCGAUACUGUCGGGUCAAAUGGGCAAUCAGGGUGACACGAUAUCUUUGUACGACGACGCGUCUGUCUGCAGCUGUAGGUGUAGUGGAUUCUACAGGAAACAACGAAGACCACGAUUCACCGUUCGUCGUUCACCUGGCAAGAUAUCGCAUCUGUUGCCUAUGCAGCAGUUUCCGGCCUCGAGUUUUAGGGAUGAUAUUCGUCCUCCACCACCUCUUACGCCGCUUCUGCAACUGCCACCAAUAUACCAACACCGAGCUAGCAUCUGACGACCCCCAUCAGUUAAAACUCUGCCCACGCUCGCUCACGUAAUACUGCAGUACCAAAUGGUGCGACGAGCAUCUUUUUAAAACAUAGAAAUUCAUGUCCACCUUCUAGACUACGAGAAUACUUGAAUAUUUAUUUCAUUAUUCAUCACACUAUAAUAAUACUACUAAUAAUAAUAAUACUAAUAUUAUUAUAUAAUUCAAAUGUGAUACGAACUAAAGUAUUGGGUAAACGGUUAAUACAUCGGAUGACCCAUUAUAUAUAAAUAUCUCCUUCGUGCUACGGUGUAAUUGUCGUCAAAUUCACCUACAUCUUCCUCAGAGACUAUUAUAUACCACUUUCAAAUACUUCUUCGCUCAAAAUACUCGACGUAUUAAUAUACGUUAAUCCGAUCCACAUCUUUUCCUUUCCUUAUAAGACGCAAGUCUCGGAAUUUCGUGGACCCUAUAUUUCAUGAUCCCAAUGUCUCAUUUUCAUUUCAUCAUUAUAUUAUAGUUACAAGGAAAUCUUGAUAAUCUUGUACAAAGAAUAUAACGAAAAAAAAAAUUUUUAAUUAUAGCGAACAAGUGAUCAUGUGUUCUGUAGCGUGACAAAAUAUUCACAAAAGCAUACAGAUUAUUAUAUAUAUAUAAAUAAUAUAUUGAAUAUAUAUAUAAAUAAUAUAUCUGACGUUCAAAUUUAAGGCAAAGAAAAAAAGACAAUUUUUAAUUAACGAAUUUUGCAAUUUGUAUGUAUAUAUGAAAUAUAAAUACAAAAUAGUUUUAGAUGCUAAGAGUUGAGGCGACUUUGUGCCUCGAUGUAUAUAUAUAUAUAAUUAAUAUUAAUUUUAAAAAAAAAACUCACGUAACGCUGUCGUGGUGAUGAAAAAAUUCCGAAUUCUUUCACUUCUUAAACUCUAAGUAUGAAAUAAAAUAAUUUACUUCAUUACAAUAUUUCUCACUAGACGAAGCGCAUUAAAUACAAAUCAGAUUAACACACAAAUAUAAAAUAAACCAUUCCAAUCACACGAUAUAUAAACUUUGCUUCUGGACCAGAAAUUAACAAAGUCAUUAUCGAAACGGGUCAAUCAUGUAUUUGAAAUAUUCCAAGGUCUUCGUAAAUGAAAUGGAUAAAAUAAAUAUAUCCUGAUAUCAUGAUUUUUAAAGUGUUGUAUAAAAAUAACCUAUUGUACUAUUGAUUAUAUUAGCUGCUUAUUUGAAUCUUAUUAAUAUAUUCCUCAUCUUAACUAUAUUUCAAUUUGCAUUUAAUGAACAAAAAAAAACAAAGAAA